GGACUAAUUUCUCUAACACAGCUGGCAAGAAAAGAAAUGAAGCAAAUUUUUGCAUUUUUGGGUCUUAUCUGUAUGCUAGGUUUGGCCAAGUCUACGGAUUAUUGCGAUCCUAAGCUAUGCUCGGAGGGAACUCAUAUUGCAUGUGGCCAUAGUGGAGAAUUUGCUGCUUCGUGCCCUGCCAAUGCUGAAAUAUUUAACAUCACCGAGCCCUUUAAAGACUUUCUUCUGAAGUAUCACAAUGAGAAACGCAAUUACAUAGCCGGGGGCAAUGAUCCCAAUCACGAUGCAGCUUGCCACAUGGGUACCAUGCAAUGGGACGAUGAAUUGGCCGCUUUGGCCCAUUACAAUGUGCUUCAAUGCAAAAUGGAACAUGACGAUUGUCAUGACACUUUGGACUAUCAUGCGUCUGGACAAAAUUUGGCCGAAAGAUGGUAUACAGGUGCUCCAAAUAUGGAUAAAUUGUUCCAGCAAUCCGUUGACAUGUGGUACAAUGAGGUUCAAUACAGCAACCGGGAUUACAUCAAGUCCUAUAAACGCAACAAGGAACAUGCCAUUGGCCAUUUCACGGUAAUGAUGUACCAGAAUAAUGUGCGCAUGGGCUGUGCCGCUGCCAAAUAUGGAGAUGAGAAUCCCAAGAACAAGCAAUACUUCUUGUUGGCAUGCAACUAUGCCAAUACCAAUUGGGUUGGAUGGCCCAUCUACAACAGCUGUAGCGAACCAGCUACAGCUUGUACCACCGGUACCAAUCCAGAUUAUCCCAAUUUAUGUUCUCUCGAGGAAUAUUAUGAUUUUAAUGCAUAAAGCAAGCUGUGCUAUGGAGUUUUUAUGUGAAAG